ACAUGACGGCACCAGCGUCUCGAACUUCCUGUUGACGCUCUGCCAGCUCAACGUGUUGGGCUCGAUUGUAUGCCACCAGAUCCCGACUCGCCAGGUCAGUCCCCUUGCUCGAUUCAUUGGAGAUAGGGUGGACGUCCUGGAUGUGUGUUCUGUCGCCCACCCUCCGACAACAGCGUCCUCUCUGCCCGCCAUAUGAUGUCUGCGCUCCCCCCUACGCUUCUCCCUCGAACCCUCCGAUCGACUCUGCACUCGACGUGAGACGCCCUCCAUGUCUCCGGAAAACAACCUCGCCGGACAUGAGGCUGCUCGUAUGGCUGAGACGCCCGCGCAGACGGUGUCCAUCAUAGGGAAUGCGAAGACUCCAGCUGCCGUUCCCGUCGAGCGCCCGCUGUCAACGUUUGAGCGCGUGUUCUCGACUCAUGCCCCAAUCCUCGAAUCUCUGCUCCUCCAAUCGCCCACUGAUACCAUCUUUCAACUCUACCACACCUCCCGGUAUCUCCGAAACUUCCUAAAAUCGUACCCCACAGCAUGGAAAUACUUAUCGUUCCGUCUACUCUUCCCGUCGGGGACGCAGACUCGCCCGUUGAUCCCAGGCAGUCCUGAUCCUGGCACUCCACGACAAUCCCGUCCGUAUGCGCUUGAUCAGCUGCUGAUGACCGUGGUGAUACCGUUGAGCCCAUGUCUGAGGAGCUUGGAACUGGAUAAUACAGCGGUGUCUGGACAGAUCCUCAUCUCGACCGUGUUACACUCCCGACGAGAAACACUGGAACAUCUCUCUGUUCGCGGCUGCAAGAAUGUCUCCCUCAAAUAUCAUAUCAUUCCAUAUCUGACUAUGUUCGGGCUCCAAUAUGAUGUUGACAUGUCGAAGAAUAUCGGAAGCUCUGCGUCUACGAAGCAGCUUGCACUGAAAAGCCUGUACACCUACAGAUGUCGACAUCACCGACGACGGCCUUAUCUAUCAUCCUCUCUGCUGCGUAAGGACUCGGAUUCAGAGCCUACCCAUGAACUGGUCAACCUGUGCCACAAAUUGGGAAUCUGGACGGAUACGGCGUGGUGUACGACGCCCGCUGGCCGAUGCUUCCGACGACGCGGAUAUGUCUCGAUGAGAGUCCCGCAAGGUGCACCGGAGGUAUGGGUGGUGUUCGACAGACUCUGGAGGUCCAAGAACUGGAUUGGUCCUGUCAGCGAGAAGGGAGAGUACCCGAUGAAGAGAGACGGCAAACUCUGGGAACAUGAUGAGUCUGGAUGCUAUGGAGAACCGCUGGGAACGGGAGAUGGAAGGGCACGUGGCGAAGGGAAGAUGGCCCCUGUGCAUCUCAGACGCAGCCACAGGCAGUUUGUCGAGAAUAUCAAAUGCGAUUCGUGCUUCGAGGACAUCUCCGAGAGAUGCGAGCAAUGCAGCGUGUUGAUGCACUGUGUUGGAUGUCGAAAGACUCUAUGUGCAAGCUGUGCUUACGAUAGGCCGUAUCAUCGGUAUAGGCCACGGACAUCGAAUGAUGCUCCUGCAGAGACGUUCUGGUGGGCGCCUGGUGCAACUAUUUCCCCGUGCAUCAUGCAGGAGCCUCCGUCGGAUGCCGUGAUAAUGAACACAGCUAAUCCAGUGGGCCCUGCCCAGUAUCCAUCCCUCAAGUUCCACUGGUGCUGUACUGAACCCAUCUUCUCUGGCGGUGGUGGAAUCAGCAUUGGAACUGCCAAUCGAGACGUUGACCUCGUCCGAGCUGUUCCCUUGCCACGGGGCCACGGUUGGGAAGACCCUGAAUAUUCGACGAAUGAAUGGAGCAAGACCUUCCCUAAGGAUGCGUAUGGUGACCCCCGGAACCCGGACUAUUCGCUCGAGACGGGUCAUAUCGAGAUGAUGCGUUGGUUGUUAGGCCCGCCUACCCGCCAGGUAUCAGCGUGUCCGCGCAACUUGUGUCAGGAAUGCUAUGAUUCUCCGCAGUGGAAAGUCCACUGUAAGAGCUGUUCAAAACCACUUUGCAUGGAGCAUGACCUCCGCGGUCUCCGUCUGCGUAUCUGCGGAUACAAGGAUCUAGCUCUGGAAAAGAUGGCGAUCCAAAGCAGGCCUACCCCGACAGCAGCGAGUCUGGAGGCACGUUUGGCUGGUCCCUCUCUGCCGGGACUCAACGUCUUUGUAUCUCAGCACGAUACUCCUGGUGCGGCUAGAAUGCGAGAUUCUUCAGCCAGCAGUGUAGUCGGUGAUCAUCCCGCGGAUACUCCGGUCGGCAUGCAAGGCUUUCUCGAUGAGCCAGAGCAGAGUACUCGAAAUCGACGGCCAUCUCGAGCAGGAUCGCCGACUUAUUCUAAUCGGUCGCGUUCGUCGUCUCCCUCGUCUGUAUAUUUCGAAGCCGCCACGGACGUUCCGAGAUGGCAAGGCUGCCAGUCUUUCUUCUGCCCCCAGUACCGUGCAGUGGGAGACCAACGACAACGUUGCGCGAGUGUCCUGCGAGAGUGCACCAGCUGUUCGAUCCACGUGUGCCAGGAUUGCUUCGCGGCGAACCCACCCUGCACAUGUUCCUACUGCGAGGUGAAUUACCUCUGCCCGAACUGUCUGAAGGUACGGGAGCGUGAUGGCACUUGCCGUCGGGCGGAAGAAGAACGAGCGCGGAAGGAGGAGAAGUGGAAGAAGGACAUGGAAAUGUUGGAGGAUAUCCUCGAGCGGAAGAUCGCGAAUGAGGUUGCCGAAUUUGCAGGCCAGUUCUUCGGCCAUAUCCAGGAUGGGGAUCGGAGCACUGCGCCGCAUGACACUGCACAUAGCGGUCCGCAGCAUCCUCAGCAGCAUCAUAUUGUGUCAGAUAUGGCUGUGGAUGCUGAUUUGAAUCUCGAGGACAUGUCGACUCCGAACACGGACGGAUAGGAGACGGGUAUCGCUCUUCUUCCUUGUCCUUGUCCGUAGAUUUUACUUC